AGUCGGUGCAGGAAGGUGUGAACCUCGGUGAAGACCUUGAACAAAACAGUUCUCUGACUUUAAAAUUACAGACCUCUCUUAUCUGGUCUGGCCUAGUACUGGAAUCUGCUGUGUGAAGGAAACAUUUUAUUUUAUUUUAUUUUAUUUUUUACCCGUGUGAUUUUUCUCUCAUUUAUUUAUAUCUUUUUUUUAUGUGAGUGUCUAUGUGACAGUUAACGCCGGCUUGACCCCGACAUGGCUGAGGUACCGCCACCACAGACACAGCCGGUCGAAAUAGACCCGGACUUUGAGCCUCUCUCUCGCCCGCGAUCGUGCACUUGGCCGCUGCCCCGGCCGGAGCUCAUCGACCCGGCCGGCUCCAACACAUCCUCCCCGGCACCGUCGGUGCAGCAGGAGCCGGGAGGAAACACAGAGUUCAUCAGUAACCUCGGAUUGUUAGAGGAGGACUACGAGGAGUACGCAGAGCAGAAACCGCAUGUGGCCUGUGGUGAUUUUCAGUGUCGGGACGGAAGCUGUGUGCAUCUGCAUCACCAUCACCACCACCAUCAUCUUCAGCAGCAGCAGCAGCAGCAGCAGCAGCAGCUCCCGGGUCCGCAGCUGCCGCCUCAGCAACAGGUGCCUCCUCCUGGCGUCGCACCCCUGGGCAGCUCCGGCCAGAGGAAGAGCGGCCACAGUUCGUCUCGUCGCAACGCCUGGGGGAACAUGUCGUAUGCUGACCUGAUUACCAAGGCGAUAGACAGCUCACCUGAGAAGAGGCUGACCCUGUCUCAGAUUUACGACUGGAUGGUGAAAAGUGUGCCUUACUUCAAGGAUAAAGGAGACAGUAAUAGCUCCGCGGGCUGGAAGAACUCCAUCAGACACAACCUGUCCCUGCAUAGCCGGUUUGUGCGUAUACAGAAUGAAGGAACCGGAAAAAGCUCCUGGUGGAUGCUGAACCCAGAAGGGGGAAAGAAUGGAAAGUCACCUCGACGCAGAGCUGCCUCCAUGGACAACAACAGUAAGCUUGCCAAGAGCAGAGGAAGGGCAACAAAGAAAAAGAUGGCUCUGCAAGAAGGGGUUGAGGGAGGAGCUGGCAGCCCUGGUUCCCAGUACUCUAACUGGCUGGGAAGCCCAAACUCCCACAGUAACGAGGACUUUGAAACCUGGAGCUCCUUUAGGACGCGUACCAGCUCUGAUGCCAGCACUCUGAGUGGUCACCAUUCACCUUUCCCUUCUGAACAGGAUGACUUGGGGGAGUCUGAUGGCCACAUGAUGUAUCCUGGAGCGCCGGGGACCAAGAUAACCUCCACCCUGCCCAGUCUGUCUGAGGUGGCUGGAUCCUUGGGACAACAUGGUUCAGAGAACGUUAUGGAGAGUCUGCUGGAUAACCUAAACCUACUGUCUCCUAAAAAUCCCCCGCUGGGUUCUGACUCCUCACAUUCCUCAAAUGCUGCCAUGCUUCAGAGUGGCCACUACAGCUCAUCUGGCUUGACCACACACUCACAGCAGGACUACCGAAAGUGCAUGUAUGGCCAAGUGAGGAUGAACUCCCUCUCCCCUGCUCCUAUGCAGGCUCUGCCGGAGACCAAGCCAGGCUUUGGGGCUUAUGAGAACCAGUAUAUCUGCUCUGCUGGCCUCCUCAAAGAGUUGCUGACCUCAGAUGCAGAUGCCCAUAGGGACAUGAUGCCCUCUAGGGAUACACUGGUAUCUCAUGUUGGGAGGGGAGGUUGCCCAAUGCCCACUUACAGCAGCCAGAGCCAUUUGGGAGCUCAUAGUGGAGUAAAAAUGAUGAAUCCUCCUCGGAGUCACCCAGUUCCUCAUGUAAAUCUACAAACUAUACAUAGCCAGCGUCCUUCAACCUCAAGAGAUUUGAAUAGCUGUAACAUGAUCCCACUGACUAACCUGACUAGUCUUUCAGGGGCCCCUCCUCGAAUGACCAGCCUGAGGACAUACAUGCAGCUGCCCCGGGAACACCCAACGCACACUAAUGAUGUCUCAUCAAUCUACGGCAGAAGCAACGGUUACAGGGGACUUAACGCAGGUCACCCACACAGUCAUCAUCAAGAGCGGCUGCCCAGUGACCUGGAUAACAUGUCCAUUGAGAGGUUUGAAUGUGACAUGGAGUCUGUCCUCCAUGACACCCUCAUGGAUGGUGGGGCACUGGACUUUAACUUUGACCCUGCAGCUGGGCCUCAUGGGAUUCCCCAGAGGGUGAAGACCACCACGCACAGCUGGGUGUCAGGCUAGGAUGCACGGUGGAUCACAAACAAGUUUUCUCAGCAUCGUGCCACUGCUCACCUUCAUUCAGAGACUGGAAAAUGCAAAUUCAAAGAAGCGGCCACAAUCACUCUCCACAGAGCAUCUGACACAAAGUCAUGUUCAAAAAUAUUACAUUUUGAGUUGCAGCUCUGUGUAUAACAGUGUAUGGUAUUACAAAAGAAGGUUAUUAAUCAGAUCCAGACACUGAAAUAAGACACAACAGCCACAACUGUUGUCAUAUAUAACAGCAUCGAAGAUGCUUCAAGACAUUUUAAGAGAUAAACUGAAAAAGAGACAAAUCUGCAUUUGCAGACAUGUCUUGUUUACGAUUGCCUGUCAAAAUCUGGAAAUAUGUAUAAAUUUGUUUAUUUUUGCUGAUUCAUGGUAUAUUAAAAUAUACAGUGCGGUAUAUUACAUAAGACAGAAUGCAGUAUCAGAGUGCCUGACAAAGAAGAUGUUAAGAAAUUUCUCACAACGUAUGAUUUGUGGACAGUCUGGUAUAAUCUGGUGAAUGGAGCCAGGACUGGAUUAAUACAUGGCCAACACAGCAGCAUAUGCAUAUUCAGAGAGUGAUAACAGCAUAGAUAUACAGUAUCUUUCCAAACCGAGUUUGACUUUACUCAUUAAGCAGUGGUUUUUGGUCCAUUGCUUAAAAUUUCAUGUAUGGUUUGACAAUGGCACUGAAAUCUCAUGAUAUGAUAUGUUCUAGCAGAUACAAAAAACUGCCAAAUCUGAUGUUCUAGAUCAUUAGGCUUAAAUGAUAGAUAAAGCAGUGUAUCGUCUGCAUAGUUAACCAUAUUAACAUUAUUAAAAUAGUGAAUGAAAUAAUCCAGAGGAAAUGUACAGUAACAAAAGGAUAUGACUAGUAAUAGACCUCUGGACCACACCACAUGGCAGAUUAUGAAACAAAGACCAGUGAAUCCUGAUAAUAUUCUGAUUGGCCUAAACACAUCUUAAAUAUUUCCUGACACCUGUCAUGGUACAGUGCUGCCAAACUGAGGGCUCAAGUCAAAUAACAGCCAUAUCUGCUCAUCAUAAAUGCCAAUAAAGACUGUGAGACAAGCUGCAUCUCGGACUGAAAUUAACUCACCAAUCGUAUACUGUAUGGAAAUAUUUAUUUAUGUUUUUAUUCUAAUUGUAGCUGUUGGACUCUUGCUUUGUACUUUGUAUGCUUGUAAAAAUAUGUGUGCCUAUGCUGUGUACAAUGUAUAUACUGUAUUUGAGUUACAUGAUAUUGUUAUGCUGCAUCAAAGUAAUAUCGAAGAAAGAAAUUGCAGAUACAUUACAAAUGCUGACUUCUAAAAACAGUUUACUGAGAGUCCAUAUUAGUCUCAACUAAUGUAGAGAAAUCCACUAUGUGAAAGCUCCCUGUUACAUUAAUGGUGUUUUCAUGUAAUAAUUAAGGGCUGUUUAGAAAAUGUGAGUGUUGGGGAACACCUAGCAAGAAUAAUGGUCCUCAGCAUGUUAUUUUGCCUUAUUUGACUCAUUAAUUAUAUAUGUAACUUGGGAAAACCUCCCAACUCUCUCUAUGAUUACAUGAACCUCUGUGGCUUUAGGAAAUUCUAUUAUGCCUGAAUUUAUGAAAAACAGUUCAAAACUGCUUCGGAUAAAUUGAAAAGGCAUGGCAAUCAAGUUAAAAUCAAAGUUGUUUUUUUUAAAUCACUUUCUGAAAAAGGGACAUUUUGGGAAAUGUGGAGAUAUUCACCUGAAUAAUGUUGUGUGAUACAGGGGGAGCAGGAGCAGGUGGAAGUGAUGAAAUUCUAAACUGACUGGAAAUGGAUGUUGGUCUUCAAACUUUAGCUACAGUUUUUAUGCACCGAAGAGUUUUCUACUCUAGCAAACAUAUUUCAAAGAAAGUGUUCCAAUUCACUGUGCCUACAUGGUCUCGCAGACGAAAUAAUGUACAUAUUAUUUUCUUUAGUAGUACAUUUUUGUAUAUGAAGGUUUUAAAUGACUUUUAAGAAUUGUACUGAAAUAUUGUACUCUUAUGUAUGAUUGUGUUAGAAAUGGUUGUUUACAUAUUUCAGUCCAACCUAUAUCAAUAAAUAUAUGAACACUCAUACCUCAAAAUAUUUUACCUCUGAAGUGUUGAAGGGAUUUUUCCUGCCAUUUUCCUCAGUGAGUAAUGUAUUGAAUUCAUCUUCAUUUCUGACACACAUUGCUUUUUGCAUUUUUUUUCUUUAUUCUUUUUUUGUAUUUGAUUAAUGCUGAAACCAGUUACAUUUGGACCUUUUUGUCUGUCUUUGCAUUUCUAAUGUUUUGUUGUGCCUGAGGAUUAUAGCCAUUAGUUUAUAGUAAAUGCUAUGUAACAGCACAGCAAAAGUUUUAAAUUAAACAUGAAUUGUGUAAAAUUAUACAUUUUGAAAGUAUUUUUAAAAAAUUUGUAUUAAUUUGUUCCAACCUGGUAUGGCGUGUGAAUAACACGUCAAUUUCUUAAGUCAUUUGUUAUGUUAUCACUACGCAUUUUUUGCUUUUUGCCUGUCAUUUAAUGCCACGUCAUAUCUUAAUUGACUAGCCCCUAAACUUCCCUCUAACCGUAGCCUAAAUGGCGCUAGAUCACACGCAAAAAACUUAAAAUGCAUAGACAUGAUACACGAAAUAUCCUGAAACGUGCUGUGCUAUUUAUAUGCCAUCCCAUGAUAUCACAUAGUCUGUUCAGUCAAAAAUCAAUGAAAGAAAUUCAAUAAAAAUAAUUUAAUUAUGCUUUGGCAUAAAAUACUGCUUCUAUAAUUAUUGAAGUCUAUUAAAAAUAAAUAUGUGAUGGGAGCAUUUUAAUAAUGGGUCAACAUAGCUACCUUGCACAAAUGAGAUUAAACUUUAAGAAGUACUUGAGCCUUUUACAUUUCAUUAUGAAAAACAGUAUAAUGCAUUUUUAUAUGUUAUAUUUGAUGUUACACAAGUGAUGACACCUACUUAUGUGCAAAAUUAUUUUCAGGAAAAACAGAAUGUCUUAUUUUGUCUUUGAUAUCCACAUCCAGGUGUUUUUGAAACAAUGCAGUUUUUUCUAUGUAACCCAUUCCAAUGCAUAAAUCACCAUGUGAAC